UGAUUACAAAACCUUGACUUGUAUUUAUCUUACUAGAAAUAUGAUUCUUUCACUAUCCUUUCCGACUUUUCUAUUAUCAAUUUUUCCUUUCAUUUGGAACUUUGGAUCCACUAUGAAUUAUGAUACUCUGGUUCUAUACUGUUGUUGUUUACAUACUUGAUUUAUACUGCUCUCAUGCUGAUAGCUGUGAACUCGGCCAUGAACGUCCAAACUGUCACAUUUGAGUUACAUAGGGAACACCAAAUGCUUCUGAUAAUAUAAACCCUAACUAAUUAAUCACCAAUGUUCAAAUUCAGCAAUUUACAUCUAAAUAUUUCAAUUAAAUUAAGAAUCUAACAAUAUAUAAACUUAGAUAACAUGAAAAAUCUGAAAUUAGAACACAAAAGUAUAAACCCUAACUAAUUAAUCACCAAUGUUCAAAUUCAACAAUUUACAUCUUAAUAUUCAAUUAAAUUAAGAAUCUAACAAUAUAUAAACUUAGAAAAGUUGAAAAAUCUGAAAUUAAAACACAAAAGUAUAAACUAAGAACUAAGAACUAAGAGUCUAAGAACUAAAAACUUACAAGAACAAAGCUGCGAUUUGCGUCAGUGGCUUGAGUUUUGCGAAAUAGGCCACCGCGGCACCGGCGACCGGCGUGAGUUCAGCGAAUUAGACCACCGGCGGGCGGCGUGUCGGCCGACGGCCGUUAUUAUGUGAGAGAGAGAGAGGAGAGAGAGGAGAGAGAAGAGAGAGAAGAAAGAGGAGUCUGCUGCGUGAGAAAAGAAAGAAAGAAACGCUCGCUGGCUCGCUGCGCGAUUUUUUUUCAAUUUUUUUAAUUUUUUUUUUUUUUAAACUGAUUUUUUUUUUGAAUUUGGGGAUACAGCUGUACCCCAAGUCCCCUUCUAGGUCCGCGUGGGCCACAAGUAAACAUUUAAAUUCAUCUAUUUUCCUGCCAAGAUUCUUGUGAUAUAAACCAUAGUAGAUAACUCAAAAUUCCCAACUACCAUCGGAUGAAAAAUGGUUAUACCACCCCAAGAAACUAUACUUACAAGUUUGGUGCAACAUUCAGGACCAUAAUUUAAAGUAACUUCUCUUAACAAGCAAUGUACAGUCAAAAUUAUAAGACUAUAUAUAAGAACAUAAGUUAGAAUUAGCAAAUAUCAUUAGCGUUAAUCACCUAUAAAUUUGAAAAUUCAAUAAUCUAGCUAGCUCUACGUCGAAAUCUGAUGGCUCAAUCAGGUGCUGAGAAGUCGGAUCUUGGCUACAACUCGUUGAGAUCAUCAGAAAUAGGGAGGAGAAGCAUGGUGAUUGGAUUACUGAGGUUGGUGGCUCUUUCAGCCACAUUAUCUGCUACUAUAGUGAUGGCCCUUAAUAAAGAAACCAAGACUUUUGUGGUUGCUACUAUUGGUACUAGUACUGUCAAAGCUACACUUACCGCCAAGUUUCAAGAUACCCCUGCAAACAUAUUCUUUGUUGCGGCUAAUGCAUUGGCUACGUUGCACAACUUGUUGGUGUUGGUUGCAAUGUUCUUUGGAAACAAGAUCGAUCCAAAAGGAGUUCGCUUUAUGGCUAUCCCUAUUUUAGAUAUAACAAAUUUAGCUAUAUUAUCCGCUGGAACAACUUCUGCUGCAUAUAUGGCCGAGAUAGCAAAAAAGGGGAAUUCUCAUGCACAAUGGAAAAUUUGUGAUAAAUUUGCGACCUUUUGUAGCCAUGGUGCUGGUGCCAUUCUAGCUUCAUUCCUAGGCCUUGCUAUCUUUCUCGUUGUUAUUCUCCUCUCUACUAUUAAACGUCAUAAAAUUGAGAACAAAAGUGAUGCCUCGAUCCAAAUGUAAUGUUUAAGGGCUUUGAUGAUGUUGUGCCUUUGUUGUUUUUUUUUUAGGUUUCAUUAUUAUCUUGUAUCCUUGUACUCGCAUGGGUGAUUAUAUGUGAAUGAAUAUAAGUUCUUACAUAUUUAGGAA